GAUCAUAUUUCACAGCAGAAACUUGCUGUUGUAUUUCCUAACGUCUCUUCUGUAUCAGAAAUAAAACCAUGCCGGGCCCAGAUAAGGAGACGGACCUGACGGAGCGGGUUGAAGCCUUUCUGUCUGACCUGAAGCGCGGAGGCAGCGGGGCGGGACCUCUGCGUGGUUCGGCGGAAACUGCCCGAGAAACAACCGCACUGCUCCGCAAAAUUACAGCUCAGGCUCGUUGGAGCAGCGCAGGUGAUCUGAUGGAGAUAAUCCGGAAAGAAGGGAGGAGAAUGACCGCUGCCCAGCCUUCAGAGACCACAGUGGGCAACAUGAUCAGGAGGGUCCUGAAGAUCAUCAGAGAGGAGUAUGCAAGGUCUAGAGGUAGCAGUGAGGAGGCAGACCAACAGGAGUCCCUCCAUAAGCUGCUGACCUCUGGAGGACUCAGUGAGGAGAACUUCAGGCAGCAUUUUGCUCCCCUCAAAGCCAAUGUCAUAGAGGCCAUCAACGAGCUCCUCACUGAGCUGGAGGGAACAACAGACAACAUCUCCAUGCAGGCUCUGGAGCACAUCCACUCCAACGAGGUUAUCAUGACCAUCGGGCGCUCUCGCACAGUGGAGGCUUUCCUUAGAGAUGCCGCACGGAAACGCAAGUUUCAUGUCAUCGUAGCAGAGUGUGCUCCGUUCUGUCAGGGACAUGAAAUGGCUACCAACUUAUCCAAAGCCGGCAUAGAGACGACAGUGAUUGCAGACGCAGCGAUAUUUGCAGUCAUGUCUCGGGUCAAUAAGGUCAUCAUUGGAACUCAGACAGUUCUCGCAAACGGGGGUUUGAGAGCCGUUAACGGGACGCACACUCUCGCCUUAGCAGCCAAGCAUCACUCAACACCUCUUAUUGUCUGUGCCCCCAUGUUCAAGCUGUCGCCUCAGUUCCCGAACGAGGAGGACACUUUUCAUAAAUUUGUCUCCCCACAUGAAGUCCUCCCUUUUACUGAAGGUGAGAUCCUCUCAAAGGUCAAUGCGCACUGUCCCGUGUUUGACUACGUCCCUCCGGAGCUCAUAACACUCUUCAUUUCUAAUAUUGGAGGACAUGCGCCAUCAUAUAUCUACCGACUGAUGAGUGAACUGUACCACCCAGAGGACCAUGAGCUUUAAUCCCAGUAACUGAUCAAUAAAGAUGAUUUAAGCUGU